CCCAGUAAUGACUGACCGGUCCAUUAAGAGAAAGUUCUGUAGUCCAGUCCGAUUUUAAACUUACGUAAAGAGUAACUAUGGCGACCUGGUCAGCUUGCUUUCUCUGCCUAGUACCCAGACUCUGUGAGAGUUUCCUUUUGACUUCUUGGUUGCAUGGCGUUUUGCACGACAACAUGAAUUUGGGUGCAAUUUUGUUUGAAAAGACGAGGCAAGCUCCAUCGCCGAGCAAAGACUUUCAUCAGCUUCUAGUAACAGAGAAUCAAGUGAUUCUAAGAACAUGGCGGAUCUCAAUAAGAAAAGACCAACGAUACAUUCCACCAAGCCAGCGAAAAGUACCAAUCGAAGAAUUUGACGAUGACUCCUUACUUCAGACAGACAUCAACCGUAUUUUUGGUGAAGACACGCUCCGUCUUGUACACAGCAUAGUAUGUAAAGACUGGUUAGCCCGUCUUCCUCAAAAUGUCCUCAUUCAUUUGUUGUCAUUCCUCGAUCUUGUCGACAUUGCAAGGCUAGGAUCAGUAUGCAGGUCUCUUCGGAAAGUUUGCUCAAGCGACGAGUUAUGGGAGAAGAUUUUCCUAUCCCAUUGUGACACCAUCAACGACGAAACUCGAUCCCUAGCAAAGGAAGUCGGUUGGAGGAAAGUGUUCUUUACUAACAAACUGCAGCUUCAGGUUCAAAUGAGACGACGUAAAGAAAGAAAUAGCGCUGAAAUGAAAAGAAAGAUAACUCCAGCUGAAGAGCAGAUCCCACUAACAUUUGUCACUCAGUCAAAUGGCAACUACGAUCACUAUUAAUCAACUAUUAACUGGUGUCCAUUGAGUUUUUUUUGUGUUAGCCAUUUUCUGUGAAGGUACUUGAUUUGUAACCAAGUUAGCUCUAAGUUAUUAGUAAUAAGUUAAUUGGUUUUUCAAAACAUGCUCGUAGCUAAGAGUUAUUUGUUGCGUUGUAAAUUAUAUGGAUGGAUAACUUUUGUCUGCAGAGACACCAGAGGCAUGCUGAAAUUCUUUAAGGGACCCGUGUAGCAUACUUUAACAAACUGGUCAGCUUUGAAAUUCAAUUUCAGAAGUAAAGAAGGUCACAAUGCUGGUUUGACAUGGAUAAUUUUGUUUAUAUGUAUACAGUAAUUUGAGUUUUAUUUUGCUACAAAAAAAAAAAAACAAAAACAAAAACCAAACCUCAUGAUAUCUACCUGUUACUGUCUAUGAUCCAAAGGUUCAGGUGUUGAUCAAUUAGAAUGAGUAUUAAAAGUGAAGUUCAUAUGGAUGGACUUAGAUACUUUGUUGUGUGUUUACAAUACUUUGAGUUUUAUUUCAUUAAAAAAAAACAACAAAAUUGAAACUUAACUUACAUUGAAUUGACGUUGUCUACCAGUCACUGCUUUUGUCACUGUAGUUGUUUGGCAUUUUUACAUCCAUUGAACUUUGUAGUUGAAUAGUAAGCAUGCAAGUGAACUGACAGACUGAAAUCAGUGUUUAUGGUUUUCUGAGUCUCACAGUAACCAAUAUUCAUAUACUUGAAUGUAUUAUCUUAGUAAAGUUAAGAGUAACUUUAUCAAAUUUUGAUAUUAACUUAAUAACACUGUUUUACUUUGUUUAGAAAAGUUGGUUGUUAAAAUGCUUUUAACCAAUAAAUAUUAUGGGUACAUAGA